GUUAUCCAGGCUCUUUGCGGCUCUGCGACGUCUCACCUCUUUAUCGCGGCCCGUUUCAUUCUUUCAUAUAUUGUUAUGGACUUUUUAGUGGAUCCCCAAACUUACAAGCUCGUUCAUCCAUGAUUAGGUUUAGGUUUAGGUUUCCCUAGCGCUGGCGUUUCCCGGGGGACUCCCUUAUUCGUCCUAUUCGCUCGACCGGCAGGCCCUUCGCGGAAGCUUCAUGGCAUACGACGCCGAUCAGGAGGCGCUACGCGGCGUCGCGUACGUGCCGCUGGAAAUAGAGGAUCCACCGGAGCCGCUAAGUUCUAGUCGUGGCUCGACCAGGGACGUACGCCGUCGCUCGCCUACGCAUUUAGGGUUUCGUAGAAAUCGUGACUCUAACGAGUUCCAUGACUAUAGCGAGUUUCACGAAUUUCGUGAUACUCCGGAGCAGCAGGGCCAAGCCUGUACGCUUCCAACGCCAGAAAGCCGUGCCCAGUUCCCGAACCUGCACGACAGGCUCAGAGCUGCUGAGAUUGACGUACAUCCGAACCUGAACAGCAGGUUCGGCGUGGCCGAGCUUGAUAUGCAGCUUGGCCCCCCGGACCUGACGGAGGAGGGAGCGAGGGAAGCAGUUGGCGAAGACUGGCGAAGAGUGGGCGACGUGGAUGGGUUUAUGCGAGGCGUGUACGAGUAUUACUGCGGGCGAGGGUUCACGUGCAUCGUCUCCAGCUGGGUGGUGCACCUGGCGAGCCUGGCGUUCACCAUCGUCUUCUCUGCGCUGCUCCUGCUUCUUAUCGACUGGCGCGCGCUGCUCGCCCUCAACUGCUCCGCCGCCUCCGCCGCCGCCGCAGCCGCUGCUAUUUCCGCCACUCCCGCGGCUGCUGCCAGCAGUGGCUUCGCUACAGGGGGGGCAGGUGAACACCCCGUUGUAAGAACGCUGGCGGAAAUGCAGGGAGAGAGGGGGCGGAGCGGCGGGGACUCUUACCAGCAACGAGGGGAGCGAGGGGUGCCGGGCACGAUAGGGGGGAUGAGCAGCAGUGAAUCCGACAAGGCUGUAAAUAGUCCUGUACAUAGAAGUGUCAAUAGUGCUGUAAAUAGCGGCGAGGAUGAGCUCAGAAGCCAAGAAAGCGCGCCGCAUGAUAACUGGAUACCCGGGGAGGGGCGAAGGAAACUUAUGGAGGAGAGAAUAAUGGACGAAAGACCACCAGAGGGGGCGGCAGUGCAUGACGCAGAGGGGGCGGCGGAGGGCGCGUGCGACGUGCUGAAGCACGUCAUAAGGAGGGACGUGUUCCGCCGUGUGACUGUGUGGGAGGUGACUGUAGCGGUGUACCUGGCCCUGCUGUGCCUGUACUGGCUCGUGUGCUUCGCGCACUUCUUCGUGCGCCUGCCCGCGCUGCUCGAAACCCGCGCCCUGUACCACCAGAGACUGCGCCUGUCCGACCACCAGCUGCUCAUGACGCCGUGGGAUGCCGUGGUGGCGCGGCUGGUGCGCGCGUGGAAUGGCGAGGAGAAGGGGGGGGGAGGGGUGAGGGGAGGAGAGAGUGUAGGUGGCGGAGGAGAGGGGUGCGGUGCUGGGGAGGGAGAUUCCAGCGAGGACGAGGGGGAGCAGAGUGGGGAGCAGGGGGUGGAGGAGGAGGGGCAUGGGAGGGGACUAGUUGGGGCAGACUGUUUGGCAUCAGGAACGGCAGGCGGGGAAGGGAUUCCAGGGGGGGAAAUGGUGCAAGAAAGGGGGGGAGGAGGAGGGGCAGGUAAGGUGGCGGGAGGCAGAGGGCGGGCGGCAGGAGUGUCGGCGUACGAGGUGGCGGCGCGGAUCACGCGGAGGGACAACUACCUGGUGGCGCUGGUCAACAUGCACCUGCUCACUGUGCGGGUGCCUGCUGGGGGAGGUGCAUCUGGGGGUAGUGCGUUGGCUGCUGUGGUGUUGACCUCCUUGGGUCCGCUGCUGUCAUUCCACGUGGUGCAGGAGGGGGGGGCGCGCAAGGGAGGGCGGGGAAGGGGGGAAGGGGAAGGAGGCGGAGGGCCAUGUGUGCGGGUGACGGUGCUGAGUAAGACGCUGGAGUGGGUGCUGCGGUGGUGUGUGCUGCACCCGCUGCUGGACACCAACGGCCGCCUGCAGAAGCAGUUCUUGAACGACCCAGCAGCGCUGCGGCAGCGCUUCAUUGUGUCGGGCUGGGUGGUGCUGCUGCUGUCGCCGUUCCUGCUGCUCUUCCUGCUCUCCUUCUUCCUCCUCCGCAAGGCCCACCACCUCUACCACGACCCCGCUGCAGCAGGGGUGCGCUCCUGGUCCAACCUCGCCAGCUGGAUGUUCAAAGAGUACAACGAGGUGGAGCAUCUGACAUCCCAGCGUCUGGACGCAGCGUGCCCGCUGGCGGACGCGUACCUGGCGCAGUUCCCGUCGCCGCUGCUCGCCCUGUCCGCCAAGCUGCUCUCCUUCAUUGCCGGCUCCUUCGCUGCUCUGCUGCUCGCGCUUGCUCUAGCGGAUGAGAAGCUCUUAGAGGCUCAGCUCUUCGGUCGCGGCCUCGUGUGGUACGCAGCCAUCUUCGGGGCAAUCCUAGCAGCAACCCGCCCUCUGGCGCAGGCAGACCGGCCUGCAGGGAGUGUGGACCCCAAGGGGGCGUUGAUGAGAACGGCAGAGCACACGCACUUCCUGCCAGCGAGGUGGCGGAGGAAGGCGCACAGCCGGCGAGUCAGAAACGAGUUUCAAACGCUCUUCCAGCUGAAGCCUCUUCUGUUCCUCACAGACGCACUGUCCAUCUUCAUCACCCCGUUUAUCCUCUGGUUCAUCCUUCCCCAGAGGGCGUCCGCCAUUCUUUCCUUCCUUCGAGACGCGUCCUCGUACCAGGAGGGGCUGGGCCACGUGUGCAGCCACAGCACCUUUGACUUCGACUCGAACCGCCAUGGCAGCAGCAGGAAGGGGAGCAGCAAGAAGGGGGGUGCUGGGAAUGAGAGCUCCAAGGCCAACAAUGCCAACAGUGGCAAUAUGGGGAGUGACACUAGCGAGGCAGCUGCUCAGUGCCUCUCGAGCAUGCGAGCGGGACAGAGUAGGCAUGCUGAUUGGCGGAGAGUAGGAGUGUGCAGAGGGACAGGGCCGGACAUAGCUGUUGGCAUGGAGGGCGGAGAGGAAGGUGCGGAUGGCACAUGGCAGGGAGGCCAGGGACCACGGCUAGCUGGGGAUGGUGCGAUGGAUCAUGUCCCAGGAGGGUGGCAUGAUGAUGAUGGUGGUGCCAUGGCAGGGGAGUUCAGUGAUCGUGGCAAGAUGGAGCAGUCGUUUAUCAGCUUCUGCUCCAACUACCCCUCCUGGCAGCCCCAUGCUUCAGCCCAGCAAUUCCUAGUGUCGCUUUCUCUAGAGCAGCAGCACCAGCAACAACAGUUGCACCAGCAGCAGCAGCAGCAACAACACCAAACCCAGCUUCCCCUAUCCCUUGCACCCUCAUCAGAAGCUGUAACCACCCCAGCGGCAGCAGCAGCAGCAGCAGCAGCAGCAGCAGCAGCAGCAGCAGCAGCAGCAGUUGCGCCUAUUGCUUCCACUCCGCUCCAUCAUCCAUCUUCGCCCCCCCCAUCCCCCUCAUUCCGGGCCAACCUUGCCUCCUCAUUCUCCGAACGACGCAUCGACAACCCUCUCCCGUGCUACUCACCCGUCACAACCCCCCACCUUCGCACCCACCCCCACCCUGCCCUCUCCGCCUCCCCGCUCCCUGCCCCUGCCACUGCGUCCUCUCCGCCCUUUCCUGCCACCCUCCCCUCCUGCGCUUCACCACUCUCUCCUGCUGCCUCACAGACUAGAGCAGGAGUCCCCCCGCUAGAGUCACCCUUUCAGAGUCACCACUCUAUACAGCCACCUGCAGCGCUGUCCCCACCGGCAGCAGGGGUGGGGAUAGAGGAGAGAAGUGCGGCGGGGUCUCCAGGUGCAGCUGCUGCGGCGGGGCCGGGGUUGCAGUGGGUGGUGCACCGCGGGAUGCAGCCCAGCCGCUGCCACAGCUUCAGUGGCAGCCCGUCAGAUGGGAUGGGUGAUGGGGGUGGCAUGGAUAUGGGUAUGGGUGAUGCUGACAGUAUGGAUAGCAGCAUGCUGCUGGAGCAGAUGGAUGCUGCCAUGCAUGGGGACAUGCGUGGGGGCAUGCAUGGGGAAGCAUAUGGGUGUGCACACGGAGAGGUUCAGGUGGCAGCGCGGAGCGAUGUGCAUGGGGUCAUGCAAGGCGGAAUGCGCAGGGAUGAGGUGUACGGGUAUGCGCCUGUGCGUGACUCGUCAAGUGGCAUGCAUGGUGAUGCAAGUGUGAGGCGUAGCCCGAGUGCCGACGCUGUGCAUGCUGCGCAAGCAAGAGGGGUGCUGCGGAUGCACAGUGCAGUGAGUGCAAGGGGAGAUGGGGGAAGUGGAGCAGCAGGAUAUGUUGGUUCCGUUGGAGAAGGAUCGGUGCAGUCGAGGGACUCUUCCCCACCUCUGCCCUUUGGAGACAUCUUUGCCGUUGAAUCUGACUGAUUGCAGAGGUUGCAUAGUGUGGAACCAUCCUGUUGUAUU